AAUGGCGAAGGACUGAAGGGGUCCCCCCUUCGGGUCCCCAGCCGCUCUGUUCACCCUCGUUCAUCCUCCCUUCUCGAAGCUCGCCCUCGAAGGCAGGAGCAGCGGCGCCUUCGGCUGAGGAGGAGGAGGAGAAGGAGGAAUCGCGCCGGGCGGAGCGUCGGGUCCCGUUUUCCUCCCCGGCGUCCUGAAUACAAAGAUUACGGUGCAGAAGGAAAUUGCCCUCGCCUCCUCCGCCCCGCGGUACCCAACACAAUGCACCAGCCGCCCGAGGCCGCCGCCGCCGCGGCCGCUGCAGACAUUAGUGCGAGGAAGAUGGCGCACCCGGCACUGUUCCCUAGAAGGGGCAGUGGCAGCGGCAGCGCCUCUGCGCUCAGUGCAGCAGGUACCGGUGUCGGUAGUCAUGCCACAUCUUCCGAGGAUUUUCCGUCGCAGCUCCAGCCGCCACCUCCUGCAGCAUCUUCUACGUCGGGACCACAGCCUCCGCCUCCACAAAGCCUGAACCUCCUUUCGCAGGCUCAGCUGCAGGCACAGCCUCUAGCGCCAGGCGGAACUCAAAUGAAAAAGAAAAGUGGCUUCCAGAUAACCAGCGUGACGCCGGCUCAGAUCUCCGCCAGCAUCAGCUCUAACAACAGUAUAGCAGAGGACACCGAGAGCUAUGAUGACCUGGAUGAGUCUCACACGGAGGAUCUGUCGUCUUCCGAGAUCCUUGAUGUGUCACUUUCCAGGGCUACUGACUUAGGGGAGCCGGAACGCAGCUCCUCAGAAGAGACUCUGAAUAACUUCCAGGAAGCGGAGACACCUGGGGCAGUCUCUCCCAACCAGCCCCACCUUCCUCACCUGGCACAGCAGAAUGUUGUGAUCAAUGGCAGUGCCCACCCACACCCCCUCCAUCACCACCAUCACAUCCAUCAUGGGCACCACCUCCACCAUGGGCACCACCAUCCAUCCCAUGCCGGUGUGGCCAGUACAUCCAUUCCUGGAGGGCCCCCCUCAAGCCCAGUCUCCAGAAAACUCUCUACCACUGGAAGCUCUGACAGUGUGAUACCAGCUGCACCAACUUCUGCUGUCUCAUCGGGCAGCUCGCCUGCUUCUGUAAUGACUAAUGUCCGUGCUGUGAGUGCGACCGGCAGUAUAGGUAUAAAUUCUGUUACUGGCAGUAAUACAGCAAAUAACGUUAACAUUACUGCCGUGGGCAGUUUUAAUCCUAGUGUGACAAGCAGCAUGCCUGGUAAUGCUAAUAUAAACGCAAGCAAUAGCCCCAGUGCUGCUAGCGGGGGUGUGGGGCCUGGAGUUAGCAGCAGUGUAAAUGUGAAUAUCCUGAGUGGCGUGGCCAAUGGGACUAUGUCUUCCUUGGCUGUUAACAGUGCCCCUAAUGCGGCUGCAGGGAUGACUUUGGGAUCAGUUUCAAGUCAGCAGCAACCACCGACAGUGAACACGUCGAGGUUCAGAGUUGUGAAGUUAGAUUCUAGUUCUGAGCCCUUUAAGAAAGGUAGAUGGACUUGCACUGAGUUCUAUGAAAAAGAAAAUGCUGUACCGGCCACAGAGGGUGUGGCGAUAAAUAAAGCGGUGGAAACUGUAAAACAAAACCCAACAGACGUGACUUCGGAGAGGGAGAGCACUAGUGGGAGCUCAGUGAGCAGUAGUGUCAGCACACUGAGUCACUACACGGAGAGUGUGGGAAGUGGAGAGAUGGGCGCCCCCACUGUGGUGGUGCCACAGCCAGCUGUUCCAGGCGCGGCCCUUCCGCAGAUGGAUUUCAGCAGCACUGGUCCACAGGGCGUUCCGGCAGUUAGCACAGCGCAGAGUGUGCCUCCGCCACACCUCUCCCAAGUACAGUUGCAGUCUCAAGAACUGAGCUAUCAGCAGAAGCCAAGUGUUCAGCCUGUCCCCGUGCAAGCCGCGCUCAGUGCUGCGACUGGUAUCCAGCCAUCACCUGUUCAUGUGGUUGGUGUAGCUUCAGCUUUAGGCCAGCCGCCUUCCAUUGCUAGUUUGGCUCAACCCCAGCUGCCAUAUCCUCAGACGGCUCCUCCAGUGCAAGUUCCCCUUCCCGGGGCACAAGCCCAGCAGUUACAGUAUGGACAACAGCAACCGACUGUUUCCACACAGAUGGCCCCAGGCCAUGGGACCUCAGUGACUCCGAUCCCUCCUCCAGAGUAUGUCCAGCCGCCACCGACCCUGCCGUCAGCAGUGCCCUCUGGGCAGCCCACUCCUGCAGGAGUGGGAGCAGGAACCGCGCUGAUUCCUAUGGCUCAGCCACAGAGUGUCCAGCUGCCAGUGCCGCCCGCAGCAGUCCAGGCUCCACCUGCAGGGGCAUCUGGCCAGCAUGUUGGUCAGGCUCAGACAGCAGUACCUGCCGUACCUCCUGGCAGCCAAAUUGCAAAUAUUGGUCACCAAGCAAAUGUGCCCACUGCUGUGCAGCAGCCCUCUUCCCAAGUCACACCUUCAGUUAUUCAGCAAGGUGCUCCUCCAUCUUCACAGAUAGUUCCACCCGCUCAAACGGCGAUUAUUCAUCAGGGAGUUCAAACUAGUGCUUCAAGCCUUCCUCAACAAUUGGUCAUUGCUCCCCAAAGUACCCUGGUCACUGUGCCUCCCCAGCCGCCAGGAGUAGAACCUGUAGCUCAAGCAGUCGUUUUGCAGCAGUUGCCUGCACUUAGUCCUUUGCCCUCUGCGAGUAGCAUUUCUGUCACCAAUCAGGUUAGCUCAUCUGGUCCUGGAAUGCCUUCUGCCCCAACAAACUUGGUUCCACCACAGAAUAUAGCACAAAGCCCUGCCACUCAAAACGGUAAUGUGGUUCAAAGUGUUAGUCAACCUCCCUCGAUAGCAACCAAUAUAAAUUUGCCUUUGGCACAACAGAUGUCACUAAGUUCUACUCAGUCCUCUGCACAAUCAUUAGCUCAGGCAAUCGGAGGCCAAGUUGAAGAUGCCAGGCGCCCAGCGGAGCCGUCCUUAGUUGGCUUACCUCAGACCAUCAGUGGUGACAGUGGGGGAAUGUCAGCAGUUUCAGAUGGGAGUAGCAGCAGCCUAGCAGCCUCUGCUUCUCUUUUCCCGUUGAAGGUGCUCCCGCUGACGACACCCCUUGUGGAUGGAGAGGAUGAGAGCUCCUCUGGUGCAAGUGUGGUAGCUAUUGACAACAAAAUCGAGCAAGCUAUGGAUCUGGUGAAAAGCCAUUUGAUGUAUGCGGUUAGAGAGGAAGUGGAGGUGCUCAAAGAGCAAAUCAAAGAACUAAUAGAGAAAAACUCCCAGCUGGAGCAGGAGAACAAUCUGCUGAAGACACUGGCCAGCCCAGAGCAGCUCGCCCAGUUUCAGGCCCAGCUGCAGACUGGCUCCCCGCCUGCCACCACACAGCCACAGGGGACCACACAGCCCCCGGCCCAGCCAGCAUCCCAGGGCUCGGGACCAACCGCAUAGCCUCCUAUGCACACGCAGAACUGGCUCUGCUGUCUGAACUCAACAGACCUGAGAUGAUGUACUAGGGGGAAGCCACCUCCACAGUCACCCAUUUCAUCGUUCGCUGCAAAAGAGACGUGAGACUGACAUACGCCAUUAUCUCUUUCUUUCCAGUAUUAAACACCCAUAUGCUUUUGGCUUGAAGAAAUUUCCUAGUUGGGUGCACUAAAGGUUAAUCAGAGAAUUAGCAUGGAUGUACUGGGACCUCAUGCAGCUUGGCAGAUGUGUGAGAAGUGGUUUAAUUCAUCCUGAGGAGAGAUGUGUGCCUUUCCAUCCCUCCCCUGCUCCCCACCCUCACUUCCAAGAGUUCUCUCCUGCUUGCACGUAGUGUACUCCAGGGGGUUACGGAGCAGUGGAGCUCACUGGACUGUCGUCUCUCCUCUUGUCCCUGUGAGGAACUUGAAAGGGCGGUAGAAGCAAAGACUGGUGCAUAGUCAAGGGGAAACAGUUCCUUGUACAAAUUGACGACUGUCACCAGAAUCCAUAAAAAAAACAAGAGUACUAUGUGCCUCAUUCUGAAACAGUGGAUGACACAAAACUGUUAGAGGGACUAAACGGUGACAGGUAACUGGCACCUAGGCUAUCUUACCAUGAAGGAUGUUUUGCUUAUUAUAUAUUUGUGUAUGUAGUGUAACUAUUUUGUACAAUAGAGGACUGUAACUACUAUUUAGGUUGUACAGAUUAAAAUUUAGAGGUUUCAUUGGCUGUCUCAAGAGGUGUGGAUUGUGUUUAUAUAGGAAUCUACAUAAAUGCUACGUGAGGAAAACCACACCUAAAGAAAUUUGAAGAAUUUGACACAGUUAGUCACUUUGUGUAAUCUGAAAUCUGCUAGCUGCUGAAUACCUUGAAGUAAAUCUCUGUUCACUGAAGUCUUUUGAUUGAACUGGUUGAAGACUUUGAAAAAUGAUCAGUUCUAGCUAACGAGGUGAAUUUCCCAGUAGGGGUUUCUGCAUAUUACCUGUAUAGUAGUUAUACGCGUACGAUUCUGUGCAUGUUCUCUACGCAGUUGUAAGGUGUCACUGUAUUUAACUGUUGCACUCAACUUUCAAUAAAGCAUAUAAAAUGUUGAUAAA